AGUGCAGAAGAUAGUCUGAAAAUGAGAACAAACAAAGCCAAAAUCGAUAGCUUCUCCGGAGAAGCUGAGCACAUGUUCGGCGCUGUAGCAUGGCUCACCCCUCGGAAUUUGGUGGGUUAGCUCUUUCUUCUGUUAUAUAAUUGGAUAUCAGACACAUCAGUUUACGGAGCACUUCUAGCAUCGCGAAAUUCUUCGAUCAAAGUUUUGUUUUCCAGAUCACGAAAUGCCCUUAGUCGUUUUGCGAAUCUCUCUUCGGAAACGUCAUAAAAAAAAAAUAAAAAUAAAGGUAAAAUGCGUUCCCGGUAAUUAAUAUUGCUUCUGUCUGCCGUUCGCUGAGACUCGUGUAAGCCUGGCAUCGAAAAAGGGCGAGUGUGUCUGAGCCAAAUCGGACACGCAGUCUCCCGGCGGUUCUCUUCCAAUCAAUGUUCUGUUGUGGACGCAGUUGGCGCAUGAGCUCACUGCCGCUUCCAGUCACAGCUGAGGCAAGAUGGUGGCCGUGAGGGCUGCGCUCGUCUACCUAAGCGUGGUAGCGCUGGUGGCGGGGGCAGCAACACUGACAACACACCGGCCCUCCGGCAUCUCACGAAGCCCUGAAGAACCACAGUAUUGCUAGCUCUACAGAAAAAACUACCGAACAAGCGCUGCCUGAUGACGAGGACGAGGCGGGGAACAAGACGGCGCUUAACGAUGACGAACCAGCCGCUCCCUUGUUCGAGCUCCAGGCCGUGAAGAGGGACAGCGAGUCGACGAGUAACAAGGGCGGUGGCGGCCGUUAUGAAGAGGAAGGUGACCUAUAUACUGACGUGGUGAACGGCUCUGAUGACGAAUUCGAGGAGUUGCCUGUCCCCAUGGCUCAGUCUGCAAGGCUAAAGGGCUUCACACGUCCAGACGGAACGUACGUGGUCAACGAUGAAGAUGGCUACGGCUGCGUCUUGGCGUACUUCAAAGCCGAGGUCACCAUUUACUAUGCUGAUGUCAAAGGAGAUUACCAGAGCAAGCUGGUGUCCCCCGAGGAUGACUCCGAGGUGUCUGGGACGUGCGACCGCAUCGGCAAGGUGUCCGAGGUGGUCGUGGGCUGGAAGACCUUCGUCCUCGGCCUCCGCUUCGGCCUCGACGAGAUCACCGACUCGUGGUAUGUCUCGAGGUUCAGCCUGAGCUACGACCUCAGCGACCCCGAGUUCGCUUCGGCCGCCCCAGGCGGAGGCGAGGUGACCGUCGUGAGCAAGGACAACCGCAAGUACUGGCAGACCAACAACGCCCGCUCCUUCCGCUGCCUCCUCCUCCACGACGUGCCGCUCACCGACAGCUUCAACAACUCGGCGACGCUGCACUUCGAUGAGGUCCGCGUCCAGGCUUUCUCCAGCAGCGACAGGUUUAGAACGCCCAAGCACUGCAUCCAUCGCGUGCAUCGAGACGAAAUGGUGCCGGUGACCGUGGGCGCCUCGCUCGCUGCCUCUGCGCUCCUCACCAUCGCUUUCUACGGCAUCUUCAGGUACUUCAAGGUCAAGAAGGUCAACUACGACACUAUGGAGUGAUAAUGACUUUGCUACAGAGGAUCGGCUUCAGGGCAAAGCCUGAAGAUGACAGCGCACUUUUUUUACGUCUAGAAAAAUCUUCUCCAUUAUCCACAGUACUUUUGCAUAUCUAAGUCCAGUGGGUUUAGGUUUACUGAUCGAGUAGGUCAUGUUACAGAGAAUAUAUUAUUAUAAAAUUGUUGUUGCGUAACGUUAUAAGGU